AUGGCACACGGCGGGGGACAAGCCAACCUCAUCCCCCUCUUCCGCCUCUUCCGCCCCUCUUACUCUACUCCCCCCCUCCCUCUGCAGGUGCCACAGUUCGUGGCGGAGAGGUGGCACAAGGCGGGUGACAAGCCCGGGGGGGAGGCAGCAGCGGGGGGAGGCGCGGGGCAGGGCGCGCCCCCCACGCCUCCGCCACCAGGGGGGGGAGCGGGGGCGGGGGGAGUGGGCGUGGUGGGGCGCGUGCGCAUGGCGUUUGACCCCCGCGCUCGCCCCCAGGGCGGACAGGCCGCCACCCAGUUCAUGAUGCGUCUGAAGGUAUCAGAGGGGGCAGCAGCAGAGCUCCCAUUAGAGUACAACCUCGCAUUCACCCCCGAUCACGUGCCCAUGCAUGGCAAGGUGGAGCAAGAGUUUGAUAAGCAGCUGGCCAGUGGGGUCCGAGGACGCAUUGCCCUGGAGGGCAAGGUGGAGCACAAGUUUGACAUGCAGCCGCCCAGCCGCAUUGCCCUAGAGGGCAAGGUGGAGCACAAGUUUGACAUGCAGCCGCCCAGUGGGGACAGGGGGUACCGGCAGAUGCUGCAGACGCGGGAGAAGAAAUGGAACACUCCCAAACGCAAGCUGCAGAUGUACGACCCAGGUGCUGCGGGCCCCCGUCUGCCCAUGCCUGGCACCGUCUCCAACGUCAAGCGCAAGGCAAGCACCACACCGGCAUGGCAGCAGGAGGUCAAGAUGGGCACGACACACCUCCCCCUCCCAUUCCUCACACCACUCUCCCCACCUAUCCCCCACUCUUCCCUCCAGCGCAAGGCAAGCACGACACCGGCAUGGCAGCAGGGGGCGGCAGCGCGGGCAGCAGAGAAGGAGAGCAAGCGGGUGCGCAUGUCGCGAGAUGUGGUGGAGGCAAAGCUGUUUGCGCUCUUUGAGGAACGGCCGCACUGGACGCUCAAGCACCUCACAGAUGCCACUCAGCAGCCACAGGUGAGGGGAGGGCGGGGGCGCUGGAGCAGGUGGUAA